UGGGGGUGGGGAUAAAGGUCUGGUUUCUUGUCAACAACAAAAAUGUUAGCUUUGGCCUGACUGCUGCUCUUCAUUAUCACAAUAAGAGGAAGAGGGGAGUGACUGCAUUUCCUCUCAAUGCGACACCAGCAGCAACACUUCUGACAUUCUCAGUGUAAUUCAGUGUCAGGGGGAGAGGCUCACAGCCAAAGCUAUGCCUCGGGGACACAGAGCCAUGUCACAGCUCCGCUCCCGAGUGGAAGGAUAUGAGAAGACUGAGGACGCUUCAGAAAAAACUUCAUUGGCUGAUCAAGAGGAUAUGAGAACAAUAUUUAUUAACCAACCUCCGGAAACAAAAUUUUGUAAUAAUCGUGUCAGCACUGCAAAAUACAAUGUUGUUACAUUUCUGCCGAGGUUCCUGUAUUCACAGUUUAGAAGAGCAGCAAACUCAUUUUUUCUUUUCAUAGCUCUCCUCCAGCAAAUCCCUGAUGUUUCCCCAACUGGGCGUUACACUACUUUGGUUCCACUGUUGUUAAUUCUUUUUGUGGCUGGAAUAAAAGAAAUCGUAGAAGACAUUAAAAGGCACAGCGCUGAUAAUACAGUAAACAAGAGAAAAGCACAAGUGCUGAGAAAUGGUGCUUGGGAAAUCAUUCACUGGGAGAAGGUGACAGUGGGGGAUAUUGUGAAGGCGACCAAUGGGGAACAUCUCCCAGCUGACCUCGUUCUUCUGUCGUCAAGUGAACCACAGUCAAUGUGCUAUAUUCAAACUUCUAAUUUAGACGGAGAAACAAACCUUAAAAUCCGACAGGGUCUACAUCAAACAUCAGAAAUUAAAGACAUUGAGAGUCUAAUGAAAUUCUAUGGCAAACUUGAAUGUGAGAAUCCCAAUCGAUACUUGUACGAAUUCAUUGGCAACCUUUACUUUGCUAAUUCAAGGAGCACCUUCCCCUUGGGCCCAGACCAAAUACUUCUACGAGGAGCUCAAUUAAGAAAUACUCAGUGGGUUCAUGGUGUGGUGGUGUAUACAGGACAUGAUACAAAGCUCAUGCAGAAUACUAUACGAGCUCCAAUUAAGUUGUCAAAUGUCGAACAAAUCACAAAUAUGCAGAUCCUGUUUCUGUUCUGUACUCUUCUCUUCAUUUCUCUGGUGUGUUCUGUUGGUUCACUAAUAUGGAACAACAGCCAUUAUGGAAUGUUUUGGUACCUUGGUUUGACUGGCAAAGCUUCAGACAACUUUGGAUUUAAUAUCCUAACCUUCAUCAUCCUCUUCAAUAACCUCAUUCCAAUCAGCUUACUGGUUACACUGGAGGUUGUAAAAUUUGUCCAGGCAUUGUUCAUUAACUGGGAUGAAGACAUGAUUUAUGAAGCAACAAAUACUCCUGCCGUAGCUCGGACAUCCACCCUUAAUGAAGAACUUGGACAGGUGAAAUACAUAUUCUCUGACAAAACUGGAACUUUAACCUGUAAUGUGAUGGUGUUUAAGAAAUGUACAGUCGCAGGCAUAGCUUAUGGUCAUGAUGCCUCUCAGGAACUUGGAUUUCAUGAUAAAAUAUUGCUGAAAAAUCUUCAUGAAAAACAUGUUACCGCACCAGUCAUCCGCGAGUUUAUUACGAUGAUGGCAGUCUGCCACACAGCAGUCCCUGAAAAACAUGGAGACCAGAUAAUCUACCAAGCUUCUUCGCCAGAUGAAGGAGCAUUGGUAAAUGCAGCAAAGGAAUUGGGCUUUGUCUUCAGUGGCCGAACACCAGAUUCAGUCUUUAUAGAAUGUCUUCAGCAUGAAGAAAAAUAUGAACUGCUCAACGUCCUGGAAUUUACAAGUGAAAGAAAAAGGAUGUCUGUGAUCGUUAGAACGCCAACAGGGCAGCUGCGGCUUUACUGUAAAGGAGCGGAUAAUGUCAUUUAUGAACGUCUAUCUGAGAAAUCAAAAUACAAGGAAAUGACUUUGAAUCAUUUAGAGAUGUUUGCUACAGAAGGUUUAAGAACCUUGUGUUUUGCUGUUGCUGACAUUUCGGAGCGUGAAUACAAGAACUGGUCAGCGAUAUACCAAACUGCAGCCACUUCAAUACAGCACAGGAUUCUCAAGCUUGAAGAGUGUUACGAACUAAUUGAAAAAAAUCUGCAGUUGCUUGGAGCUACAGCAAUUGAAGAUAGACUUCAAGACCAAGUGCCAGAAACCAUAGAAACAUUAUUCAAAGCAGACAUCAAAAUCUGGAUCAUUACAGGAGACAAGCAGGAAACUGCUAUUAAUAUAGGAUACUCCUGUAAACUCCUGACAAAAAACAUGGGUCUCAUGAUUUUAAAUGAACAUUCUCUAGAUGCGACAAGGGAAAAACUUAGCUUUCACUGCAACAACCUGGGAGAUGCUUUACGUAAGGAGAAUGAUUUUGCACUGAUUAUAGAUGGUAAAACCCUCAAAUACGCACUGACGUUUGGAGUGCAACAAUACUUCCUGGACCUGGCUUUGUCUUGCAAAGCAGUCAUUUGCUGCCGAGCUUCUCCUCUUCAAAAGUCAGAAAUUGUUAAGAUGGUGAAGAAGCAGAUCAAAGUUAUUACACUUGCAAUCGGUGACGGAGCAAAUGAUGUGGGAAUGAUCCAGAUGGCACAUGUUGGCAUUGGAAUUAGUGGAAAUGAGGGACUGCAGGCAGCAAAUUCCUCUGACUAUUCCAUAGCACAGUUCAAGUAUCUGAAGAACUUGCUGCUGGUUCAUGGAGCCUGGGACUAUGACCGAGUAGCAAAAUGUAUCCUGUACUGCUUUUACAAGAACAUUGUCUUGUACAUCAUUGAGAUCUGGUUUGCUUUUACGAAUGGAUUCUCAGGGCAGAUUCUCUUUGAACGGUGGACCAUUGGUCUCUACAAUGUGUUUUUCACAGCCUUGCCUCCCUUUGCGUUGGGAAUAUUUGAGAAAUCGUGUCGGAAGGAAAACAUGCUAAAAUACCCAGAACUUUACAAAGCGUCGCAGAACACACUGAACUUCAACACAAAGGUUUUCUGGGUUUAUUGUUUGAACGGCCUUUUCCACUCGUUCAUUCUAUUCUGGUUCCCACUGAAAGUCUUCGAGAAUGAUAAUGUGUUUGCAAACGGAAAAACACCUGACUACCUGCUGUUAGGAAAUUCCGUUUAUACGUAUGUGGUGGUCACAGUAUGUUUAAAAGCUGGAUUGGAGACUUCAUCCUGGACUAUUUUCAGUCACGUGGCUAUCUGGGGCAGCAUCUUAAUAUGGUUGCUGUUUUUUGGAAUCUACUCAGUAAUGUGGCCUACAUUUUCAAUAGCUUCUGACAUCGUUGGACAGGCUUCAAUAUUGCUCAAAUCUGGAGUUUUUUGGAUGGGCUUCAUAUUCAUCCCGAUUGCUUCUCUGUCAAUGGAUCUCGCAUUCAAAGUCAUUAAGAGAUCGUUUCGCAAGACUAUCGCGGAAGAAGUUCAAGAGCUGGAAGCAAAAACCGAGGCUCCAGGAGGAGAAAUUGUAUAUGUCAACAGGUUAAGCGAGCGAGCUCAACUCUUAAAGAACGUAUUUAAGAGGAGCAUAACCAACUUGUACGCUGCAGGACGUAUUCAACAUAGUUCACCACAUGGCUAUGCUUUCUCCCAAGAUGAACAUGGUAUUGUGUCCCAGUCUCAAGUGAUAAGGGCCUAUGAUACCACCAAACAAGGAUCCAACACCUGGUGAACAGUUAAUACUGGGGAAUGAAAUCAUUUGCAAAUAAAUAUUUCAGAUGGAUGUCAGACUUAAAAGGGUGUGUUUUCUGAACAAACAAAAUACCGUCAGUGUAAAGACUUGGACUGAUGGGUCUUUACAUAUCUUACGAAGGGGAAGAAAGUACUGAUCACCAUUGCUACCUAUUAAAAGGACGCAAACACUGUGCAAAUAUGUUUUAUCAAAACUCACUGUUAGAAUUCUAACACAGAACUCAUUUACAACUUGCUGGUCAGGGCUUGAAGUUUGCUGUUGUAUCCGUGACAGACUAGGCCCUUGAGACAAUUUAAAAAGCUAUUUUUUUUCUUAAAAAAAACAAGUAGAAGUUCAUAAAUUCCAGGUGACGGAUGGGCUUUACACUAUUUAAUGUCUUUCUGGUGUGUGCGUGUGUUAGGAUACACUCAGCAUCUAAACCUUUCCCCUGCUGGUUACCAGUUGUUAGUUCACAGCAACAUGCACCAAACCAACCCUCCCAUGUGUGUGUUUGACAGGCUUUUCCACUGUGUUUCCUGAAAGAUUUAAAUGUUGCCACUAUUACUUCAGUCGAAAUUUUGGUACAUUUUAUUCUUUUAACAAAAAUACUAUAAACCUUGUGGAUGCCUCAUUUAGUACCAUUAUGGGGGAAAGAUUUACUCUGUUGCUGUGAAAUAAUGUUUCCGUGUUUUCAAGAUUGCUCUGUGUUAAUGUGUCCAACAAGAGUCCUGAAGCAUCGCUUACACAUAAUUCACUGGGAGAAAAGUACAAAAUAAAUAGAGAACCAUCCAAAUUCUAAACUGUGCUCUCAUAAUAGAGGAUUAAGCAUGGAUAGCAUGAGCUUUCGUCACCACGCCUCGGACAAUGAAAUCAUAGUAGAUUAGAAAUUUCCAAUCAGCACUUUUCUCCUGUUUUUGGAGAUAAGAGCAGAGCAAACUUCAAGUCCUGCUGCAGACUUUUGUGGAGUAUAAUUUCCACAUACAGUGGUAUACGAAAGAUGUGACAACUGCCUUCUUGGCACUUGCUUCUGAAUUUUUGACUUUCUCAAACUAUGGCCUUAGAUAUGCUUUUGUCAUUUCUUAAUGUUCAAAUUAGUUUUCCAAGUGAAACAGUGACGUGUAUGUGCCUGGCUACAAGUUCUACUUUUUUUAAGCUGGUGCUAUCUGGAGUGAAUGACUUUUUAAUUAGAUUUUGAUGGAUUAACAUGUUUCUUCAAUUGCCCUUAAUUCCGAACUAGCUAAUGCUGAGCCCUGGCGAGCAUGUCAGUUAAAGGAGAAGGAACAUUUAAUGGUGGCAGUGCUCUCUGUAUCAAGCAUUCUUUCCUUAAAAAGAGUACAAAUUGACUUUUUUUUAACUAGACCUGAAAUAGUCAAGUAUGUCUUAUUUUUUAAAAAAGCCAGAAAGUAUUUCUUCCCCAUAUCAUUAGCUUUCUCUGGUUAUUUUGUUGUUGGCUAGAUCCUGUUAUGAUGCUUAUCAACUUGUGUUUGAUUAUUUUUGAAACAGAUGUUGACAGACCAGAUUUAUAACACUUUUUAACUCUUCUUUAGAUAUUGAGGGUACAACUAGGGUGUGUUUUAUUUCUCGAGUUCCUACCAAUUCAAAAGUUAAUCUACAAGAAAAUAAAUAUUGACAAGUCUCACCUCAUGCUUCAUUGGCAAUGCUGCUGAAUAAUGAUAUGGACUCUGGCAUCAUGGUAUUGCUAAGCAUCCAUUGUUGUUAUAACGUCAGCAGCUUCCUUCCUAGGUUCAGGUUUAAUGAAAGUUACCGUGCCUGUAUUACAUGAACCAUUUUAUUUUAUCAUCACAGGUGUUGCAGACCUGACAACAUUCGUAUGAUGUGCCUGUAUGUAAGAACCUCAACUUUGUUAAUAAGUAUUCCUUAAAAGUUAUUCUCAAACAUCGGUACUCUAUUUUGCUGCUUUGGUAGCGAAAUGUUAAGGUUGCUGAUUUUGUAGCAAAAUAUACUGUAUUCUGAAAGCCUUUUUAAGCAUUCCAUUCCAAGCAGAUAUUUUAUUGAUUGAAGAUAUUAAACAAACUCCAUGCAAGAGGUGAAGAGGUAUUUAACAUUCCAGCUGUUUCAAUGACAGUCUUGCACAGAACAGCUGGAUUUGCAUAUUAUUGGAUUUAGUUUUUUUUAAAAGAUCGUCACAAGAAAAUUGAAAUAUGGAAAGGAAUAAACAAUGAAACAGAAAAAUAGUAUCCUCUCCACUCAGAUUGUUUAGUAUUGUUAUGGAAUAUAUUCCGGGACUAAAUUCCAAAUUACAGCAUAGGUCGAGUUGUUAUAGCCCAAAAUGUCAUUUAGCAACUUUACAAACUCGAUUUCUACAAAUUUGCAAGAGACACAUUGCAGAUUAUCAUUCAAGCAUGAAUGUAAUGACAAGGACCGAGCCUGAUUUGCAGUGUUUCUUCAGAGGAUUCUCAAAUAAGGAAUCUGUUCAAAUUCCCUGCCAACCUAGAUCUCAUUGGAUUGGUGUUUACUGGGGUUGACCUGAAGGGAGUCCCUAUUUGUGCAGUACUGAUUCCUUAUCAAGAGAUUACCACUAUUUGUACUUCAAUAGCAAAAACAAGCGCAAAUUAAAAGCAACUCACAAGACUUUGAAAAUAGGAUCCGAUUGCUGUUGUCUGUUUUGCCAUUUGCUGCCCCUUUACGUACUCUUCACUGUUCAUACCACACUUCACUGUGUUUUUUUGUUAAGGAAUCCUCCGAUGGAUGGCAGAAGGGUGAUAGUGUCAAAGCCUGUAAUUUCUGUUUCUUUUAGCAGUUGUAGCUGUUGUCUUUCUCUCCCCAUGGGAGAUGUACUGUAGUGUGUUUGUUUAACCUGUUUGCCAUUUUGUCUGUCUGCAUGAAGUUAAGUGUUACAUGUACCUUGCUUGUGCAUGACUCCUGAUCUUGCUGCACAAUUUUGCGCACGGUUUAGUGAGAAAUGAUCUCUGUUAAUGAAAGGUAAAGCAGUGCUGCAGUUGUCGGUGCAUAAUGUAUUUUUGUGUGCUUCCUGGUCAGUUGUUGUACAUGUCCUUCAUCUUAAAAAGAAUGAACUUGUCUGUGCAACUCACUUGUAGUUUUAUAUUUUCUAUAUAAAUUUUAAUUCUAAUUGGAGUAAGCAUUGGUUUUGUGGGGAGUGGGAGUGGAAAUCCACGUGGGAUUUGUUCAAUUGUUAUCCAUUCUGUUCUGUGGAAGAUUGUAUCUGAAUAGGCUAUGGAAUGUGUCCUUUAGUCCUGACACACCACCCAGUAAGAAUUGCAUUCAAGAUGUGUGCAAAUACAUGCGAUACGUUUUAAACUAAUUGAACACGACUGUACUUUAAAAUAAUAAAUCAAAGUAACACUGGAUAGCUUUGUCCAGAUUAGUUUGUUUGAAGUGACAACAGAGUGGAAAUGGAGAGUUGUAAUGCAGUUUACUUCAUUGGUACGAAGUAAAUGGUUACUUUCUACUGUUGCCACUGCUGUAGAGUACAGUAUUUAAAUUCAAUUCAACUUAAUGGUGAAAUUUGGCCUGAACGUUCUCGUGUAAAGACGAAGCAUGUUCUGGACAUUUGGUCAGGAUUUUUCUGCCGGACUUCAAAAACGUUGACUAAAUUUCCCUGAUUUGUUUUGCACUGCAUGAAUGGUGACAUUCAAUGUUCAUUGUAUUUCUCAGGUUUGGUUUUAACUUAAAGUAAGGAAAUGCACUGUGUUUUAUAUUUGGUUGUAAAUUAUCAGUGCUGUGUAAUUUUGUAUUCUCUGUUACUUACCAUUGACUCUAUUGUGAAUUUGCAUGGUGGCAGUUGCAUCUCUUAACUGUUCUGUCUUUUGAUUGUCAUACCGAUAAUAAAUAAAAUGAAAUUUGCAAACCUUG